AUGAGUCGGCUACCAAGAUCCACCGAUAAAAAGCAGCAGUCACUGACAUCCUUCUUCACGCCAAGAACUGCCAAUGGAUUAGCAGCUUCGUUUAAGCAGCAAAGCGAGGCCCGGGCUGCUGCCGCGACCGGGACCUCGAACGACACCCAGCUGCCCAACCGAAAACGUCGCCUGGAGGAAGAAGAAGAAGAAGAAGAAGAAGAAGAAGAAGAAGCAAAAGAAGAGGAAGGCGGUGACCACAACGAUGGCACUGGCCGGCCUACCAAGGAUCGCAAACGAGACGGAAAUGCUACCGCGGGUGAGCAAUCGAGCACCCUCCCCGCCGCGGGCGGCAGCAAACCAUCGCCAGCCUCUCGGGCUGCCCAAUCUGCCGCCUUGCGGACAAGUCGGUUCGUGUACGACGAGCAGUCAAUCACCACGUCCUCCACAGCCGGAACACUGAGAGAGGGAAACGAAGAAGCGGAGGACGUAAGGCGAAAGAAUGAGGAACUGCAUAAACGCUUUGUCAGGAAGCUGGGCCAUUCAGACGCCAUGUCCCGGGCAUCACGGAUGGCGCAGGAGGAGGAGGAGGUACAAGCGGCUGGCGAAGAUGACGAUGGUGACGCAAAUGGCGACGCGGACGAGGCCGAAUUGCCGGCACCGGCCAAGGCAAAGAAGAAGGGAUCGAAAAGCGGGAAGCUGACGCCCAUGGAAAUCCAGUUCUUGGAAAUCAAGAGGAAACACCUCGACACCAUUCUCAUUGUGGAGGUCGGGUACAAGUUUCGGUUUUUCGGGGAGGAUGCUAGAAUUGCCGCCAAGGAGCUGAGCAUCGUGUGCAUACCAGGCAAGAUGCGGUACGACGAGCACCCCUCGGAAGCGCAUCUUGAUCGUUUCGCCUCGGCGAGCAUCCCCGUUCAUCGACUGCACGUUCACGCGAAACGGCUCGUGGCGGCAGGCCACAAGGUUGGCGUUGUUCGACAAAUCGAGACGGCUGCUUUGAAGAAGGCAGGCGACAACCGCAACACCCCCUUUGUGCGGAAAUUGACCAAUCUGUACACCAAAGGGACCUACGUCGACGAGGGAGGCGAGCUGGAUCAGCAGGCCGAGGGUGCCCCGGCUGGCGGCUACCUGCUCUGCCUGACGGAAACGCAAUCCAAGGGGAGCGGGACGGACGAGAAGGUGGACGUGGGCAUCCUGGCCGUCCAACCCGCCACCGGCGACAUCAUCUACGACGCCUUCCAGGAUGGAUUCAUGCGGAGCGAGGUCGAGACCAGGCUGCUGCACAUUUCCCCCUGCGAGUUUCUCAUCGUGGGCGAGCUUACCAAGGCAACUGACAAGUUGAUACAGCACCUGUCGAGCAGCAGCACCAAUGUCUUUGGGGACCGCAGCCGUGUCGAGCGUGUGCCGAGGAGCCCGACCAUGGCGACCGAAGCCCACACGCACGUCACCCAGUUCUACGCCGCCAAGGCCAAGGCCGAGGCCGAGGCUCAGGCCGCGGCCGCAUCGCGGAACGAGACGGGCAGUGCCCUGCUCGACAAAGUCCUCCGUCUUCCAGAAUCGGUGACGGUGUGUCUGUCGGCCAUGAUCAGCCACCUCGAGGAGUACGGCCUGGAGCACAUCUUUGACCUGACCAAGUACUUUCAGAGCUUUAGCACGACAUGUCACAUGCUCGUCAACGGGACGACUCUCGAAAGCCUCGAGGUGUACCGCAACGCCACCGACCACACGGAGAGGGGGAGCCUGUUUUGGGCCCUCGACAAGACCGUGACGCGGUUUGGCCAGCGGCUGCUGCGGAAAUGGGUUGGCCGCCCGCUGCUCGACGAGGAGCAGCUGGAAGACCGCCUUUCCGCCGUCCAGGAACUGGUGGAUAAGCAGUCCACGGCGCCGGUGGACGCGCUGGAGAAGCUGCUGGCCUCGACCAAGGCAGACCUCGAGCGGAGCCUGAUCCGAAUCUACUACGGGAAAUGCACCCGGCCCGAGCUGCUGUCCGUGCUGCAGACUCUGCAACGAAUCGCAACCCACUACGCCGCCGGCGCCGAGCAACAACAGCAACCCCCCUUCACGUCCGCCCUGCUCGCCUCGGCCGUCGGCGCCCUGCCGCGGAUCCGCAGCACCGUCGCGGCGUACCUGGAACGCAUCAACCCGGAGGCGGCGCGGCGAGACGACAAGUACGCCUUCUUCCGGGAGGAGUACCAGAACGAGGACCUGCAGGACCACCAGAUGGCCAUAGCGCACGUCGAGCACGAGCUCAACGAGCACCUCGUCGACGCCGCCCGGGCCGUCAAGUCGCCCCGGGUGGAGUACUCGACCGUGGCCGGCAUCGAGUUCCUCAUCGAGGUGCCCAACAGCAAGACGGCAGACGUGCCCGCGUCGUGGACCAAGAUCUCCGGGACGAGGAAGCUGUCGCGCUUCCACACCCCGCAGGUGGCGCGGCUCGUCGGCGAGCGCGACCAGCACCGCGAGGCCCUCGCCGCGGCCUGCGACAAGGCCUUCCGGGACCUGCUGGCCGACGUCGCGGCCGACUACCAGCCCCUCCGGGACGCCGUGUCGGCCCUCGCCACCCUGGACUGCCUCGCCGCCCUCGCCAGGGUGGCCGCCCAGCCCGGCUACAGCCGCCCGCGCUUCCUGCCGGCCUCGUCGCCGCCCACCGUCGCCAUCUCGCACGGCCGCCACCCCGUCGCCGAGCGCACCCUCCCCGCCGGCUACAUCCCCUUCAGCACGACGCUCGCGCACCCCUCGCCCCUGGCGCACCUCAUCACGGGGCCCAACAUGGGCGGCAAGUCCUCCUACGUCCGCGCCCUCGCCCUCAUCGUGCUCCUCGCCCACGUCGGCUCCUUCGUCCCCGCCGACGCCGUCUCCCUCACCCCCUGCGACGCCAUCUACACCCGCGCCGGCGCCAGGGACAACCUCUUCGCCGGCGAAUCCACCUUCAUGGUCGAGGUGUCCGAGACGGCCGCCAUCCUGCGCGCCGCCACGCCCCGCAGCCUCGUCGUCCUCGACGAGCUCGGCCGCGGCACCAGCACCCACGACGGCGCCGCCAUCGCCCAGGCCGUCCUGCACCACGUCGCCACCCGCACCCGCUGCCUCACCCUCUUCAUCACCCACUACCAGAACCUCGCCGGCGUGGCCCGCGGCCUCGACGGCGUCACCAACCUCCACAUGAAGUUCACCGCCGGCACCGGCGCCGACGGCCAGGAGGAAAUCACCUUUCUCUACGAGGUCGCCGAGGGCGUUGCUCACCGAUCCUACGGCCUCAACGUCGCUCGCCUGGCCCGCGUGCCCGAAAAGGUCCUCGACGUGGCCGCCACCAAGUCUGCCGAGAUGGAGGCCGACCUGCGCCUGCGCCGCCUGCUCGGCGCCAGUCGAAUAUUGCGUCGUGUGCUAGGGGGCGAUGCGGACCAGCUGGACCAUCUUGUUUCCGGCAUCGAAGAGCUGUGA